CAGUCGUGGGGCUCUGUGCAGGAUGGCGCCUCGUGUCCACACGUCCGGUCCUUCCUGUCCUCGGUGGAUCAGUUUGUCAGUAAUCUGAGCUCAGCCCGACUGAACAUGGAGAGAAAGUUCCAGCUGCAGCACGUGGAGCUUCCUGACGCCAUCAGCCAGCUGAGCAGCCCUGCAGACUACAGAGCAGCAGCCAAUAACAGUGAGCUGGUGGAGUGUCUGGAGGAGGUGUUGACCCUGUGGACGAAUCAAAACAAGCAGGUGCUGACGGAGAGCAAGCAGAUGAGAAAAGAAGCCGACGACAUCGGGCCGUCGGUCGAGCUGGAGCACUGGAAGAGCCGCACGGUGACCUUCAACAGACCAGGAUGCUGGAGCACAUUCCCAGUCUGAUGAACGGCAUCAAGAUGAUCCACGUGGUGUCCCAGUACUACAACACCUCAGAGAGGAUGAGCUCACUGCUGCUCAAGGUCACCAACCAGAUGAUCAGCACCCUCAGGAGCUACCUGCUGCAGGGCGUGAGGCGUGUCUGGGAGCACAGCAGGCCGGUGCUGCUGCAGAGAAUCUCCGACUGCUGUAAUCUGAAUGCGGCGUAUCAGCGAAGCUUCCACAGCGUCAGAGACAAACUGAGAGAAAACCCUGAGAACAGACAGUUUGACUUCAGUGAGAACUACAUCUUCGGGAAGUUUGACUCUUUCUGCCGCCAUCUGGAGAAGAUGGCCGACAUGGCGUCCACGCUGGAGAGCCUGGCUGCUCUGCAGAGCAUGAAGGUGGAGGGCGUGGAGAAGAUCUGUGUUCGCUACCAGACCAUCGUCUCCACAACUGAAUCCAAGACCUGUGACGUCCUAGAUCAGCGCAAACUGGAGGUGACUUCAAGGGGAAACAAUAGAAUAAGAUAA